AUGGAGCCUGCACAUCUACACAAAACACUGCCACCGGGAAAGAAAUCCAUCAUCAGGGACACCACCACCCAGGGCCUGCUCUCUUCUUGCUGCUGCCGUCAGGAAGGAGGUACAGGAGCCUCAGGACUCUCACCACCAGGUUCAGGAACAGUUAUUACCCCUCAACCAUCAGGAAGGAGGUACAGGAGCCUCAGGACCCACACCACCAGGUUCAGGAACAGUUAUUACCCCUCAACCAUCAGGAAGGUACAGGAGCCUCAGGACCCACACCACCAGGUUCAGGAACAGUUAUUACCCCUCAACCAUCAGGAAGGAGGUACAGGAGCCUCAGGACUCUCACCACCAGGUUCAGGAACAGUUAUUACCCCUCAACCAUCAGGAAAGUACAGGAGCCUCAGGACUCUCACCACCAGGUUCAGGAACAGUUAUUACCCCUCAACCAUCAGGAAGGUACAGGAGCCUCAGGACUCUCACCACCAGGUUCAGGAACAGUUAUUACCCCUCAACCAUCAGGAAGGAGGUACAGGAGCCUCAGGACUCUCACCACCAGGUUCAGGAACAGUUAUUACCCCUCAACCAUCAGGAAAGUACAGGAGCCUCAGGACUCUCACCACCAGGUUCAGGAACAGUUAUUACCCCUCAACCAUCAGGAAGGUACAGGAGCCUCAGGACUCUCACCACCAGGUUCAGGAACAGUUAUUACCCCUCAACCAUCAGGAAGGUACAGGAGCCUCAGGACUCUCACCACCAGGUUCAGGAACAGUUAUUACCCCUCAACCAUCAGGAAGGUACAGGAGCCUCAGGACCCACACCACCAGGUUCAGGAACAGUUAUUACCCCUCAACCAUCAGGAAGGUACAGGAGCCUCAGGACCCACACCACCAGGUUCAGGAACAGUUAUUACCCCUCAACCAUCAGGAAGGAGGUACAGGAGCCUCAGGACUCUCACCACCAGGUUCAGGAACAGUUAUUACCCCUCAACCAUCAGGAAGAAAGUACAGGAGCCUCAGGUCCCACACCACCAGGUUCAGGGACAGUUAUUACCCCACAACCAUCAGGAAGGAGGUACAGGAGCCUCAGGGCUCUCACCACCAGGUUCAGGAACAGUUAUUACCCCUCAACCAUCAGGAAGGUACAGGAGCCUCAGGACUCUCACCACCAGGUUCAGGAACAGUUAUUACCCCUCAACCAUCAGGAAGGUACAGGAGCCUCAGGACUCUCACCACCAGGUUCAGGAACAGUUAUUACCCCUCAACCAUCAGGAAGAAAGUACAGGAGCCUCAGGUCCCACACCACCAGGUUCAGGGACAGUUAUUACCCCACAACCAUCAGGAAGGAGGUACAGGAGCCUCAGGACUCUCACCACCAGGUUCAGGAACAGUUAUUACCCCUCAACCAUCAGGCUGUUAAACCAAAAGGGAUAACUUCACUUGCUCCAUCACUGAAAUGUUUCCACAACCUAUGGUCUCUCUUCAUCACAUGUUCUCGAUAUUUAUUGCUUGUUUAUUUAUUUUUAUUAUUUCUUUCUUUUUGUAUUUUCAC